GUUAGUGCUGCUGGCAGAAUACUAGUCAUCGAUAGUGCAUGCCUUCAGCGUUGUCUUGAAAAAUUAUUAGUUAGUCUGACGAAAGUAAAGUUUUAUGAGAAACAACGGUUAAUAAUUGUGUCUGACUUAAAGAACGUCAGGAUGGAAACAAAAAUUUUUGAUAAAAAGAAGACUAUUGACCUUCGAAAGAAGCACAUUGGGCCAUCCUGUAAGGUGUUCUUCAGCCAUGAUCCAAUCAAGAUUGUGCGAGCUAAAGGCCAAUACAUGUAUGAUGAGAAUGGGAAUCAAUAUUUGGACUGCAUCAACAAUGUUGCACAUGUUGGUCACAGCCAUCCAAUAGUCGUGAAGGCUGGGGCUAAACAGAUGGAGCUACUGAAUACUAACUCCCGCUUUCUGCAUGAUAACCUGGUCCAGUACGCCCAGAGGCUGCAAGCCACACUACCUGAAAAGCUCUCGGUCUGUUACUUUGUCAACUCAGGCUCCGAAGCCAAUGACCUGGCCCUGAGACUUGCCUGGCAGUACACCGGCCACAAAGAUAUCAUAACGUUGGAAAAUGCAUAUCAUGGCCAUGUAUCAUCACUAAUCAACAUCAGCCCCUAUAAAUUUCACCAGCUGAGUAAUGCAGAGCAGAGCAAAUCUGUUCAUGUGGCUCUGAGCCCUGAUGUCUACAGAGGCAUCUAUAAGAAAGACCACCCAGAUCCUGCUACAGCAUAUGCAGAUGAUGUCAAAAAUCUUAUUCACAAAGCCCAUGAAAAUGGCCACAAGAUUGCAGCUUUCAUUGCAGAGUCACUGCAGAGUUGUGGUGGCCAAGUCAUCCCCCCUGCGGGCUACUUCCAGAAAGUGGCACAACAUGUCCACAAGGCUGGUGGCCUAUUUAUCGCUGACGAGGUUCAAGUGGGCUUUGGACGUGUUGGCACCCACUUCUGGGCCUUCCAGCUUCAGGGAGAGGACUUUGUGCCUGACAUUGUCACCAUGGGUAAACCCAUCGGCAACGGACACCCUAUAUCAUGUGUGGUCACAACAAGAGAGAUAGCGGAGGCCUUCAGGAACUCUGGUAUGGAGUACUUUAACACGUUUGGUGGUAACCCUGUGUCUUGUGCCAUUGGCCUGGCUGUUUUGGACGUGAUCGAGAAAGAAGAUCUACAAGGCAAUGCACUACGUGUAGGGCGUUACCUGAUGCAACUGCUGGAGCAGCUGAAAGAGAAACAUCCAUUGGUGGGGGAUAUUAGGGGUUGUGGCCUCUUCGUUGGGGUGGAGCUUGUGAGAGAUCGGGUGAAACUGACCCCUGCUACAGCAGAAUGCCAGGACAUCAUUUACAAACUGAAGGAACAACACAUCCUGCUAAGUGCAGAUGGUCCUCACCGGAAUGUCCUCAAGUUGAAACCACCCAUGUGCUUUUCUGAGGAGGAUGUAGACUUGGUUGUUGAAAAGAUUGACCAGAUUCUCACAGAUGUUGAGAAGGUGAUAGGGUUACAAUUACCUUCCACAGUAAAUACAGACAAUGGAAGCAAUAAGAGGAAGGUUUCAAGCGAGGAAAACGGACAUCAUCACUCAAAUGGAAUAGACCAUAGCUGUGAAAUGUCUCAGCAAAACAAAAGGCUGAGGCCUUAGUGGACUUUCAGUUUUGCCACUGUCUAGCAAUACCUGAAUAGCAUACCCUGCAUAUAUAUGUGAUGUAGCUGUAGGACAUCUCAGCAAGUAUAAUAUAUUUCAUAUUAACCUCAUAAUUGAAUGGAUAAAGAGAGAUAAUUCAUUCUAAAAUGUAUAAUAUGUUAUAAUAUGUUUGUUUAUUUCAUCCUAAUCUCAGGUACUUUGAAUGUGAUAUGAAAUGUGCACAAGAAUGUCUGAAGACUGCUGUUCUUCUGUAUAGGGACAAACUUAAUAUCCUAAUGUCUAGUGCAGUUUUUAGAUGUAACAUGAAAUGAAAAACGUAUUAAUUUAGGAGUUUUUGCCACUGAUCGAUAUAAGAGUCCAAAAUGUCUAUGUUAAAUAUAAUAUCAGCAAAUUGUUUAAAUUAAUUAAAAAUGUAUUAAAAAUAUAAAAGAUACUUGAUUGCAUAAGUAUUCUCCCCCUUUGCUAUUACACACCUGAAUGACCUGUGGUGCAAACAAUUGUCUUUAGAAGUCUCAUAAUCAAUUUAAUAAAAAAAAUUAAAAUACACCUGUGUGCAAUCAAUGUUUUUCAUGAUCUUAGGUCAAAUAUACCAGUCUCUGGGGGGUCCCUUUGUUGGUUAGUACCAUUCCUAACAACUACACCACGAAGAAAGAACAUUUGAAACAAAUCUGAGGCCUUAUUCACAAAAAUUUUAUCUUACCACAUGGAGGACUCCUAAACAGCACUAACAGCAGUUCCUAGCUAAGAGUUUUCUCUUAAAACAUGUUCACAAAGCUUCCAAGACCAACCUUUACUAAGGAAUGGGGAGAUGUCUUAGGCUAAAAGAAAGGGCAGGGAUGGGCCCGUUGCUGUGGACGAUGUCGUGUUCUACAAACAAGCUUACUUAUAAUGCCUACA